AUGUCACAAAGUACAUUAAGAAGAGCCAUUGGAGCAGUGAAGGAUCAAACAAGCAUAGGGCUAGCAAAAGUUGGAAGCAGCUCCUCACUAGGUGACCUUGAAGUUGCCAUUGUAAAAGCAACAAAACACUCGGAAAAUCCAGCGGACGAGAAACACAUUAGGGAAAUCCUAAGCCUAACGUGUUACUCGCGCGCGUUUAUAAGUGCUUGUGUCAAAACUCUUGCUAAGCGUUUGAGUAAAACGAGUAGCUGGACGGUUUCUUUGAAAACACUUAUUUUGAUUCAAAGGUUGAUAUCUGAAGGUGAUCCAGCUUAUGAACAAGAGAUAUUCUUCUCAACUCGACGUGGGACUCGACUUCUAAACAUGUCUGAUUUUAGGGACAAGUCUAAGUCUAAUUCGUGGGAUUACUGUUCGUUUGUUCGCACGUAUGCGUUGUAUCUAGACGAAAGGCUUGAGUAUACAAUGCAACAUAAGCGCGGAAGAAGUGGUAGGUUUUCGUAUGAAGAAGACGAGGAAGAACAAUCAGAGGAAAAAGUACGAAAUAGAGAAAGAGAUAAAGAUGGAGAAAUUGUUGCGAAAUCAAUACCAUUGUUUGAAAUGAAGACUGAACAACUCUUUUCCAAAAUGCAGCAUUUGCAAUUGUUGCUUGAGCGCUUUAUGGCUUGUCGUCCAACAGGUAGAGCAAGGAGUCAUAGAAUUGUGAUAGUGGCACUCUACCCUAUUAUGAAGGAAAGUUUUCAAAUAUAUCAUGACAUGACAAAAAUACUAGGUGUCUUCAUUGAUCGUUUCACUGAGAUGGAAAUACAAGAAUGUUAUAAGGUGUAUGAGAUUUUCUGUCGCAUCGGAAAACAAUAUGAUGAACUCGACUUAUUUUAUACCUGGUCUAAAAGUAUUGGAGUCGGGCGCUCUUCUGAGUAUCCAAAUAUUGAAAAAGUCACAACAAAGAAAUUAGAACUGGUUGAUCAGUUCAUCAGAGACAAAUCAUCACGAAAAGAAAAAAUCAUUAUAGAAGAAAAACCGAUAGAAAAAGAAGAAGAAAAAGAAGUAGAAGAGGAUAUGAAUGAAAUCAAAGCACUUCCGCCACCGGAAGGAUUCAAUGAAGAACCAAUAGAGGAAGUUGUGGAGGAAGAGAAAGAACAAGAACAAGAGAUAAAGGAAGAGAAAAUAGUUCAAACAGAAGGUGAUUUGUUAGGUUUAGGUGAUGAUAUGAUGUCAAAACAAAAUUAUAAUGAAAACAAACUUGCAUUAGCAUUAUUUGAUGGUGAAUUAUCAACAACAACACAAGCUCUUCCAUGGCAUGCUUUUGAUGAUGAAUCUGAUUGGGAAACUUCACUAGUUCAAUCAGGUAGUAACUUGCCAAAUCAGAAACCAUCGUUAGGUGGUGGAUUUGACACAUUGUUAUUGGAUAGCAUGUAUGAACAAAAUGUAGCAACAAAGCAAGGAAUGAAUGGUUAUGGAAGUGCUAGUAGUGUUGCAAGAGUUUCGGCGGUGCCUAUGUUAGCAUUACCAGCGCCGCAAACAUCGAGUAAUGAUUAUCAAGAUCCAUUUGCAGCGUCAAUGGCUGUGGCACCACCAGCUUAUGUGCAAAUGUCAGAAAUUGAGAAAAGACAAAGGUUGUUACUUGAUGAACAAGCAAUGUGGCAGCAAUAUGCAAAAAGUGGAAUGCAAGGAAAUGUUGGAUUUCCAACACAACAACAACAACCUAAUAAUUUCUACAUGGGAGGGUAUCAACAAAAUUAUUAUGGGAAUUAUUAUCAUUAA